UGUGAUGUCAAUAAACUUCACUUAUCAACCUCAUCCUGUCGUCUUUGAGUCUUCUUCCCCCUCCUCACACCUCCUCACACCUCCUCACACCUCCUCCCCCGUCCGGACGUAACGCGACUCCUGCAGCAGCAAAGAAUAAAGAAAAUAAUACACAAAAGAAAGAAGUGCACAAAGUGAAAGAGCGGCUGAGUCGAGCAGGUAAACAAACCUGCUGCUGCCACCCAGGUGAGCUGAGGGGGGGGGCGGGGCUUGUUCCAAUGUGCGAGCUGUCAGUGGACAGAACGGGGCAGGUACCACAAACUGUUCUCUAACACCGUGAGUUCAAAUCCACACCUCAGAGCGGCUGCAGGAGCGACACACACCGAGGAGAGCGGCUUCCUCUCCCUGGACAACAGCAGCGUUACCUUUUCCAAACAUGAAGUAAGUUGUGUUUCUUCGUUGUCUUCUGCGAAUGCUUGUUUAGUUAAUUUUCGGUGACGCUGAAGGAUAAUUGGUUACAGGAGUCACCACAUGCUUCACUCUGUUUAUCUACUGGAGGUGAUUCACACACUCGACGGACAGGUUUUCACAUUUAGCUGUUUUCCCUCUCGGCGAGACUCUCAGUAUCUGUCGUCCAGAGAAGCUUUCAGGUGUGAACUGCACCGAUAAGAGUCUCGCAGCUUUUCACACCGACGGUUCAGAUGCUCAGAGGCGACCCGGCACACAUGGAGGCCAGCCUGUCCGGCCUGUCGUCGCUGAAGGACGAAGAGGCGCCGCUUUACAUUCAGCCACACUACAAGGAAACCUACCGCCUGGCCAUCUAUGCCCUGCUCUGCGGCGGGAAAGAGGCCUACGAGGACUUCCUGCGGGCCGAGCAGAUCAGCCACUUCCUGUCCCAGGAGGAGAUCUUCUUCAUCCUUGAAAAUGCAGCGGUGCCGGUCGUGGAGGACGAGGCGGAGGUCACCAGGCCGGGCCCGGACGAGGUCAACCCCUCCACCUACUUCCCCACGGAGUCGGACGAGGAGGUGCCGGACCUGGACCUGGGCUGGCCCGAGGGCACGCAGGAGAGGGCGGACACCAGCAUCAGUCUGCUGUUCCACCCGCCCAGAGAGAACACGCCCACCAUCAAGGAGGUGGUCCGCAAACAGAUUCAGGAGGCGAGGCAGGUUGUUGCCAUAUCGAUGGACGUCUUCACCGAUGUGGACAUCUUCAAAGAGAUCGUCAGUGCCACGCUGAGGGGGGUGGUGGUCUACAUCCUCCUGGAUGAUUCUCAGUUCAGGAGCUUCCUGACCAUGUCGCACAGGGUGGGCGUCAACAUCCAGGACCUCAAGAACAUUCGGGUUCGGACAGUUCAGGGGCAGCAGUACCAGUGUCAGUCGGGGGUCAAGUUUCAUGGAGUUUUGGAGCAGAAGUUUAUUCUGGUGGACUGCAGAACAGUUUUAUACGGAACUUACAGCUUCACGUGGUCCUAUGAGAAGAUCAACCUCAGUAUGGUCCUGGUGGUAACCGGUCAGCUGGUCUGCUCCUACGACGAGGAGUUCCGCCGACUGUACGCUCGCUCCACGGUUCCUCCCGUCCUGUCCAGGGAGAGACUAUCUGUCCCGUACCUGAGAGACUCUGUGGCCUUGACGAGCCCAAACUCCAGCCAACUGUCCCUCCACCAACUUCACAUGAACCCCAGACUGAUGCCCGGCAUGAGAAGCGCUCCGGAUGAUAGGUUUAAUAACCCCCCCCUGCUAACCAGGGGCCUGAGCAUGCAGGACAGGCUGCAUCAGUCCCACUGUCCUGACAUGGGGAAUCUGGUGCGGGGACACAGUUAUGGUGGAGAACUGCAGAAGUUACACUCCGUGACUCGGCUGAGGAUGGGGACCAGGGACCUUGGAACACCUGAGAGGACGGGAUCGAACCUGAUGCCAACAAACAGGUUGUCUCAGCAGCAGCUUCGGCAUCACACUCGUUACGGUGCAGAUCAGAAUCUGAUACCGUUCAACUCGGAAACUUCCCUGCACAGGUGGAAGAUCGACUCGUACUUUAACGAGAGCGAUUUGCCUCUCGAUGCAUCGUAUGAUGCGAUCUCUCCCAUGAUAUCCCCGUAUAGCAGCCACACGGGCUUGAACGAGCUACAGUCACAGGUGAUUCACAACCGCUCGAGGGACAUUAAGUCCAGGAUGGAAGAAAUGAGGCUGAAGAGGCUCAGUUUGCAGGAAUAUGCUAAUUUGAGGCAGAGCCAAGAAAGCUUGAGGUCGAUGUAUCCCAGUCUAGAAAGACCGAAGUUUGGGUCUUCGUUGAGAAAUCUGGACAAGAUGCAGAGUGUGGCCGAAUUAGAGCCACAUGCACAAAACGGUGGUGACGUGGAAUCAACCAACCAGAAAAUCAAUGACCCGAGUAAGGAAGGCGACAAAACAGAGAGACUGCAGACGUAUGACUGGCGUGAGCCUCUUACCAGAACGGUAUCAGCUGCUGAAUUAGACAUGAAACUGAACGAUCCUUCGCUCAAACUCUCUCAUUUGCAGUCCAGCAGCAUCCAGCAUUUAAGAGCCAUGGAGUCCUUGAUUGAGAUCCCUGAAGAAAAAGACACUUCUCGUAUCAACACUUCGGACAAAGUUGUGCUCGACUACGGAAAUGAGGAAAAUCUCAAAGAUGAAACAGUUGUUCCAGAAGAGAACUCUGUGAAAUCAAGCUCACCUGAAGAGCCACAACGUCGGGAUGAAGCCAGAGGAAGUCGUGGUUCCAUUGGUAAAGUAGCCAACAGUUCUAAUGCUGCGAAAGAAAGAAAGAAAUCAGUAGAAAACAUUCCAAAGAUAUUGAACACAUCUACGGGAUCUCAGCCUGCAGUGGAGGGUAAGAGUAGUCACACGGAAAAACGACGAGAGGAACCGACGCUGCAGAGGAAGAAUUCCGUGAGAAUGAAAGUGCAAGCGUUGCUUUCAUCUGACGAAAAGAAAGCCUCCAAAAAAGAGGAGAAGUCUCUCCAGAGGAAGGCCUCAGUGAGGUCGCAGAAUCCCUCCGGAUCGAGCCAACCCCUCAGGGCGGACCAUUCGCAGGGGUCCUCUGGUGGGCAAAUAACAAAGAAAGGUCAGUCGCCCAGUGUCUCCAGGUCGCAGCACACUGGUAGUCCAACAGACACCGAAAAGAGUAAAUCUGCAUUCGCAAGGUUAUCUCCUCAACGUUCGAGCAAAAGAAAGACGAACCCUGCAGCGGAGCAGGACCGAGGCUCCAGGAGCAUCCUGAGCGACGAGGGGGCGACCGUCUUUCAGACCAGGAGAGAGAAAGCCUACAGCCGAUACGAGUAUUUGCUCAGCACUGAAAGCAGGACGACGAGCAUGUAUCCCUCAGACAAAGACAGAGGGACGAGUCCCAGUUAUGGAAGGCAUGACUCGGGUUAUCCAAUGUAUCAGACACAAAGCAGCUCUGAAAACAAACUGGGAAAAUUCAUGCAGCGAGUGGGAAAUCUCAUAGGCAAGAAUAAGUAGAGCUGCAGGAGGAGUGAAGGCCACAGGGCUCAGGAAGGAAGGCAACAUCUGUGCGGGAUCGUUUGUGGAUUUGGUUUUGCCUCCGACAAACAGACUGGAUAUGAAUCUCUGAUGUGUUUCAUAAUGUGGCUCAGAGCCUACGAGGGAAAGUAUUUAUCACCGAGGUUAAAACACAAGAUGUUAUUCACAAAACGAAGGAUGUGAUCUAUUUGGUAUCUGGUACAAAGUGUCUGUGUGUCGAUGUUACAUUGGAAGUAGGGUCGAUGUGAAAACACCAGUUAAGUUAUUUACUUAUAAUGUUAAAGGAGACAUAUUCAGGUUGAUCCUUUUGAUUAGUGUUAUGACUGUAAGAGGUUUCCUCUAAUGUACAGAAAACACCUUUUUAACUUUGGAGAACUUUUACAUUCACAAAAAAAAAGGAUAGAAACACUGGAAAAACAUCAGAUGUCUCCUUUAAAACGGGAUGAAUACGACAGUAGCGCUUCUAGAUUGUAAAGAAAUAUUAACAAUGCUCUAUAUUAAUUGUGUCUGUUAUUUAAAAAUGUUUAGUUCAAGUACAAAUCUGGUGAUAUUCUGUAUUUUUCUUGCAAGAAAAUCCUACAAGACUCAAAAACAACAGAAAUGUAGCUCCAGCACAUCCAAUAACUGGAACUUAAGUUUAACUGAAUAUUUUCUGAUAUGAAAAGUGUGAAACUACUGUUUAUACUGAUGUUUGUGUUGUAAAACAACUGUCAACGUUUGGAUUCCAACAUCAAAUGCAACAGUAUCUUGAUUUACAUGUGUUCAAAGAUAAAGUACAAGGUGGAAAAAGCUCAGAUCUUAAAGACUCCGUGUUUCUCACACACACUUUAUCAUCUGUAGAACUUCACUUGAUGUUUACGUUCAUUUCACAUCAGAGAACAAAAGUGUUGAACCGACUUGAAAUGGAGAAAGGACUUCCUAACUUCAGAGUCACAGGAUAUUACAGUUUUAUUUCCUGCCGUAGGCGACUUACUCAGAGCUUCGUAUUUUUAUUAUAUUGGUUGAAUGUUUUACUUAUUAACUUUUAUGUAAACACCAGUUUGCACACACACACACACACACACACACACAGAAACUGCACACCAACACUUUGCGCAUUUAGGGUAUAUUUACCUUUAUUUUGAAAUGACUCUGAAAAAUAUCUAGGAUCUAGUGAUAAUGAUUGUAUAUCAACAUAAUAUAUAAAAUAAACAACUUUUAUAUUCAAGCUGUAGUUUCUCAUGCUUUUAUUUGUGUGGAAGGAGGAACUGUGUUUCAAAUAAAGAAGCUUUUUUUAAAUAAAAUACUCCAGACACUUGUUCCUCUCAUCAUCCAGUUCUUGGGUCUCAAUCUCAAACUUUUUCAUGGCGAUGAAAUACUGAACAAACGGCUCUCCG